UUAUGCGGCCUCUUCACAACCUUCUGUUUUCUGUGUGCUGGCUUUGUUUCUCUUGCUAUUUAUGCUGGCUUGUUUGGUUUCUCAAUUGCAUGUUAUAUCUGCCUCACUAGCGUCAUUCUGGUUGACCUUCUCGGGCUGGAUAAGCUUACAAGUGCAUUUGGUCUUCUUCUAUUGUGGCAGGGAGCAGGGACCGUUUUCGGUCCUCCUAUUGCUGGAUAUCUUGCUGAUAUCACCUAUGCUUAUACUUGGUCCUUCAUAUUCUGCGGAGUGAAUCUGUUGGUAAGAACAUAG